GAUGAAUUGUCGAGUGUUUUACACGCGUAUUAAUGGAGUGUUUUUUUUGUGUACAGAGUGAUGGAGAGUCGAGUCGGUCUCGACUACAUCGUCGAGCACGCCGAAUACGCCGGCAAGCUCGCGGCGGCGCUCACGUCGCCCGCCGCACCCGUCAAGAAACAGGUGUUCGAGCUGUUGUCCGCGCUAUGCGUGUACAACGCGGACGGGUAUGCUCGCGCCGUCGACACCCUCGAACGGUACAAGAGCCUCAAAGGCGAGCGGUAUCGCCUCAGCGUGGUGGUUGAAGAACUAAAGGCGGCUGGCUCCGUGGAGUACAAGACGGCGCUGCUGGCGUUCCUGAAUUGCCUCAUUAUAUCCGCACCGAGGCUACCCGACCGCGCCCGACUGCGAAACGAGCUCAUCGGUCUUGGACUACUGCCCACUUUGAACAACUUGAGGCAUGAAGCGGCCAGCCAUCCAGACCUGGGCGUCCAGCUGGACGUGUUCGAGGAGCAGAGGGAGAGCGACGAGGCCCAAGGACCUGGGGGCAUCAACCUCAACUCUCACCUGGACGUCUUCUACGCCAUCUUGAAGCAGGUUGCCGACACUCCCCAAGAGAUUCCUUUCCUGAGCAUCCUGCAGCAUCUUUUACGCAUCGAUCCCAAGGAGGCGGUCAGCGACAUCGUAUGGGAUACUGCUGAGACCCUGGUCCACCGAGCCACGUUGCUGGAGAGCAGGGAGGAUGCUGCUAAACUACUAAGAGCUCCUAGCAUACAGGCUAAGAUGGUGUGCACGUGCCAGCACCGCGAGGCGGGGACGGGGCCAGCGGGCCGCAAGCAGAGCCUGCAGCGAGCCCUCUCCCCGCCCCCGCCCGCGCCGCCCGCGCCCGCCCCGCCGCCGCCCAUGAUCCCCCCUCCACCAGCACCGUACGUUCCUCCCCCACCUCCCCCCACGGGCCCGCCGCCGCCCCCCUCCGGGCCGCCCCCGCCCCCCGCGCCGCCUCUACACAACCCUGCCCCCCCGCCGCCACCAGUAAUAGACGUGAAGCUGCCCCAACAGGAGACACCGAUACCGAAGACCAAAAUGAAGACCAUUAACUGGAACAAGAUACCUAACAACAAAGUAAUUGGACAGAAUAAUAUCUGGUCACUGGUGGCAUCAAGCCAUAAGCACUCCCCAAAGGCAGAUCUGGAUUGGAGCGAAAUAGAAGGACUCUUCUGUCAACAGAUCCAACCCACGGGCUCGGCUGGGUCCUCCCCCCGCUUGGGCCGAAGUCCUAUCUGUGAUAGUUCGGGCGAAAGGAAGCCCCGCAAGGAAUCCUCUGAGAUCACUCUGCUCGACGGCAAGAGGAGUCUCAAUGUCAACAUAUUCUUGAAGCAGUUCCGAAGUUCCAACGAAGACAUAAUUCAACUGAUCCGCGACGGCUCUCACGACGAGGUAGGCGCUGAGAAAUUGCGAGGUCUAUUGAAAUUACUCCCUGAACACGAUGAAUGCGAUAUGCUGCGAGCCUUCAGCGGUGAUAGAAGUAAACUGGCGAGAGCUGAGCGGUUUUUGUUGCAGCUCAUACACCUGCCUGACUAUAAGCUCCGCAUAGAGUGCAUGCUGAUGAAAGAAGAAUGGUCUUCCACCGCCGGAUACCUGGAGAGCGCCAUCAACGCCAUCCUCGUUGCCGGAGACGAUCUGAUGACCUCCAGGGCUUUGCAGGAAGUGCUAUACAUAGCUCUGAUAGCGGGCAACUUCCUGAACGCGGGCGGGUACGCGGGCGGCGCCGCGGGCGUGAGACUAGCGUCGUUACAGAAGCUCAACGAUAUACGGGCCAACAAGCCCGGCAUGAACCUCAUGCACUACGUCGCCAUGCAAGCGGAACGAAAGAACAAAGAGCUUAUCCACUUCGCUGAUGACACUCGAGUGUUAGACGAAGCUGCUAAGGCGAGUGUGGAACAACUGUACAACGAAAUCAAAACCCUGGCGCAGCGAGUCAACGUCUUGAAGAAGGAGACACAGCUGCCGACUACCCAGCAAGAUAUUAAACAGCAGAUGGGAGACUUCCUACAGGUUGCUGAACAAGAAGUGGCAGCUCUGAAUAAGGAUAUGGAAGAAGUAGAAAGUAUGAGGAAACAAUUAGCCGAGUUCUUCUGUGAAGAUCCCGUCUCCUUCAAGUUGGAAGAGUGUUUUAAGACGUUCGCAAUGUUUUGUGGCAAGUUCCGAUCAGCGGUGUGUGAGAACGAGCGGCGGCGGGCGCUCGACGAGCAGGCGGCCGCUCGGCGCCGCGCUCGAGACAACCACAAGCAGCGGACAGGUGGCAGCGUCUGCAGUACUCCAGUGUCUGAAUGCGAAUCUCUAAUGGAGUCAUUACUGCUGGACAUCAGGAACGGGCUCGGAAGACGAUCGCUGCGUCGCCCCCAUGACGCUUCACCAUCACCAGACGUGACUCCUACGGGUAGUCUUCGUCGCCGCAGCCGUGCCAGCCCAGGCGGCGAUGAAGAAGGCUUGCUGGAGUUCUUGCGGCAUUCUUCACCAGCUGCCACUGACUUGAGGGAAAGAAGUGCUUGGGGAAGUCUUGAUCGGUCGUGGUCCCGUCGCGGCGCGGCCCGCGCCCGCCUCGAGAUCCCCGAGCGGGAGCGGGAGAGGGCCCCCUCCCCCCGCGCGCACCCCUCGCCCUCACCCUCGCCCUCCCCGACCCCCUCCCCCUCCCCGGGGCCGGCGCUGGCGUCCUCUACUACCACUUCUACCGCCACACCGCCGCCGGAACCACCGCAGAAACCCAAAGAAUGGAGGCAGAAGAUCGAAUGCUGGCUGCGAGCGAACAGCCAGGAGGAAAAACGAGAUGCAGAACUACGAGAGCGAGCGAGACGGCUGCAGGCCAACCGGCGCUCCUUGGAAAACGACUCCGAGAGCGAUCGAAGCACGGCGCUGGAGCCUCUGCCGGAGACGCGCGCGGAGUGGCGCCCCGCCGUGCUGCCCGACAGCGACGUCGUGCGCGCCAUCGAGGCCGUCGAAGAUGUUCAACCUCAAACAAAAGACAGCAGAGUGCCGUGGAGAAAGACCGAAGAGAACGAAGAGAUGAGACGCCUGAGGAGACAACGAUCCCGACAGCAUAUAGAGCCACCCCAACCACUGGUCUCCAUCUCCGAAGAGGAGAAACGAAAACUGCCCGACAUACAAGUCACCAGCGAAAGAGAAACCAGAGUGGAUAGAACCGAUCGGGAAAUCGACGCGGACAACAUAGAAACGCCACCAGUUCAAAGGAAGGUGUUCAACCCACCACCGGAACGGGAGCCGUGCAGAAAGUUCCACCAACCCUCCAUGUCCAAAUACAAUUCAAACGAUAAAGCUACCACAGAAAUGAAGGACUUGUGCCAAGAAAUAUUGGGAGACGGACAGUUCGAUAGGUUCUCCGCCGCGAGAAGAACGAGGAGAUACAAAAGGAACACAGACUCCAGUUCGCCUGAAGACGAGAAGAAACCGGAACCUACCACGGAACUGCUGGCGGAAACGCAGGUUAUCCGACCAUCCAAACUAGAAGUCCAAGCCUCAUAUGCCGUCGAAACACCGAAAGAAGUUGCGAAACCUAUAGACGAAGUUGUCAAAGACGAAAAAGAGAGCAGGCUCAAACGCUGGCAGGAUCGACUCAAAAGCCAAAGCACAACCACAACCCCAACCAAAGAUACGCGAGCCUCGUACGCGAGGAUGAGACGGAGGACUUCCAUAAACCAAGAGGACGUGCAGAAAGCCAUCAGAGAGCUCAAGUCCCCAACAGAACCUCCCACCGGGGUGUGGUCUAGGAACGCCUAUAGAAAAUCCAUGACUUCUAAGCCUGAAAAACAAUCGACGGAGAGAACCACGUCACCUCGAAUGUCAAAAAUAAAGAACGAACACGAAUUAAACGACGAGGGUUUCGAAGAAACUCAGAGUUUGAACUCGGAGAGCGCGUCGCAAGGCGCCUCUUCCGGUUGCAACGUGGAAUGCGAUUCCCCCAUUCCGAAAACCACGAAAUCCCCUGACAUCCCAAAGAGAAUACCGACCAAAGACACCAGAACACCUCCUAGGACACCUUUAGACCCAAAACGAACUGCGGUUCCAAAGAGAACUAAUUCUUUGAGAGUUGAAAGGUCUACAUCGAGGGCGUCGCUUCGUAGCUCCAGAAGUUCUUUGAACAGUUCUGCAUCAGUAGCGACCGUCAAAAGAGCUCCAGCUCCAGUCAAACCUGUAAUUAAACCUACUCCAAAGCCUGUGUCCAGAAUGCCAGCUUCGAGGUCUUCUUCAUCAGGCAGUUCCAUUGGGACAACAAGACCGCCCAUCAAAAGCGUCCCGAGAACAUCAGGGUUCAUGAGACCCACACAAGCUUCAAAGGGCAGGGGUGGUUUAAACCCACAACAGGUCAUCAGAGCCAGUGUGAAGUAAACCAAACGAGAUGUUUCAGGGUUAGGUUUAAGUAUCAACAGUGCCUUUUUGUUAUUGUGGCCUUUUAACAACCGAUUUUCGAAAGCAGUAAGAAGAAAAACCUGCACUUUUAAAUUCUAAGUGAAGUACAGUUUUUAACGAAUCAAUUUAAACUAUAUUGGAGCGAAAUUUUCGGAAAGUUCGGCGUUCUGUAAUCAUAAAUAACGAAGUGAAUGGUUUGUUACUUUUAUCGUGUGAAACGAGUAACACUAUGUUUUUGUAAUAGCGUUGUCUCUUUCUUUUGUUUGAAAGUAACAGCAGAACACGACACUGGGAGAAAAAGAAAAACAUACAAAAAAAACUAAUAUUAACCCAGAAAAAAAAUUAUUGAAAUCUUCAGAUGUUUCAUAGGCGCUAGAAUCUCAUUCAAAUCUGAAGCUUUCAAUGACUGAUUAAAGUAAUUUAAAUUAAUAAUUAAGUUUAAAAUUAUACUCUUAAUUUGCAGUAGAUCUGUAACGAAACAAGAAAAAAAAAACCUCGAACCCGUACGUAAAUAAAUAAAUAAAAAAUCAAUUACUUUUCAAAAAGUACGAAUUAUAUUUUUUAUAUAUUAUUAUUAAGUGCCACGAAUUGAGUACGGGUAUAUUGAAAAUGUAUUUUUGUAAGGUGCAGAAAUCUAGUUCUGAAUAAUCAUUUCAUGAACAUAAGUUCUCUAAGAAACCAGUAUCAAAGUCAUUACUAUAUUAAAAUUAUAUAUUUAUGUCAUAAGAUACUCGUUAUAUAAGUAUUAAAUAAUUAAGCUUAUUUUAUAUGUUAUCACUUGGACAUAGAAUAUGAUCUGAUUUUAUACGUAUAAUUUAUAUUUCCCUUAAAGAUCUUGAUCAAUGAAAUGAUAAAUACUUACUAUAGUCACAAAGUACGCAGAGUUACACUCUUUAAUCUAAUAAAAAAAAAACAUUAUUUUAAGCUCUUAACACCAAUGUUUUAAUGUAUGUGUCUAAAACGAAAUACAACAAAAUUAUAUUCAAAUGAA